AACCAACAAAAUGGUGAGGUAGCAGAAUAUCCUUCGGAAACCACAACAAUUUCAUGUCAUAGAAAUCUCCAUUUUAAUGCCUCAAUUUUAUCAUGACGGGCAAUAUCACAACCUUGUAAAACCUUCAAACAGAAAACUCUAUAAUCACAUAGAAUGGCGCAGCAACUGGGGAUCAAGUAACAGCCUCUAUCAUCUUGUGAAUUAACAGAGCAAAAACGGUGAUCUAGAUAGAAGCAGAUAUUAUGGAAGGUUCAGAGAAGAUUAGUCAUCCGGCAAUACUGAUGAUGAUGAUAAUAAGCUUGUUCAUACCAGUUACUGCAGGUAGUAAGCAUGUACGCAUCAAGAACAGCUUAGGAUCUGGAAAGAACAUGACCCUGCAUUGCCAAUCCAAAGAUGAUGAUCUGGGUGUACAUAACAUAGAAGAUGGAGAUGAAUUUGGCUGGGACUUCUCUGACAAUGUGACUGGUACCACACUGUUUUUCUGUGAUUUGGAGUGGGAAAAUGUUCAGCAGUACCAUUUUGAUGCUUAUAACUUUGGCAGAGACAUUGUCAGGUGUCACACCGGAUGUGCAUGGCUUAUAUCAGCUGAAGGCAUUUAUGGUUUAAAUGGACAAACGAGGUACUGGGAAUUCAUAUACAGCUGGCCUACAAAUUGAUCUCAAGAUUUUGUAGAUUCAGUGUUUUGUAUCAACCUUAAUGAUUACCUAACUACUUUAAGAUCAUUUAAUGGCAGGAUGCUUACAAGUCUCUUCCUGCUAUUGCUUCACAUCCUUCUCAUAAAUUUGUAAUUUGCAAUGUUUGCUUCCUCUGGAAUGGCCCUGCAGACUGAAAAAGGGAAAAAGAAAGGAACAAAAACGCUGCAUAUCACCCCUGUCCUUAUUUUCCCUUCAGUGUAUUUCUAAAGGACACAGUUCCUUUAAUUGUCUUCAACUGUAGAGUUUGAUAUAACUUUAGCACGCAUUCUCAUGAUACGCUACCAGUAAAGACAAAUUCUUCAACUGAUAAAGGUAUUGACUAGAUGAA